AUGGAAAGCACUGUAGUUGAAAUGGAAGGAGUAAAAGGACUAAUAACGGGAAUAAAUAACAAUAUGUUACCAACAUUAUCAACAACAACAACAAAUGCAAGAAAAAUUAAAUUUAAAAUGAUAAUGUCGAGUCUUGUUUAUGGUUUAAAGAAUGUGAACGUACUUGGACUUGAAAAAAAUACAAAUUAUGGGGAAAAAUCCGGGAAAAGAAUUGAGCAAAUUAUAAUUUCUCAAUAUAUUGAUACUCAUAGUAAAGAAAAUAAUUAUGUUGUUACUUAUAGUGAAGAAUAUAAUGCAAUUAUUGGAUGGCUAGCUAAUAUCGAAGAAAAUGGACAACAAAAACUUGACUUGUAUUUCAACCUUAAUCCACCCCACAAAGUUUAUAAAUUUGCGCUAUAUCAAAAAUUUUUAUUAUUAUGUUAUGGAAAUAGGUUUAAAUUUCGUGUAGGUCUUAUUGAUUUUGACAAAGUUCAAUUUCUUCAACUUAUGCAUGCGGAUAAACUAUUUGUUUCUUCGAAUGAUGAAAUUUCGAUUGGAUUUCUUUCAAAUGGAGAUUUAAUUCUAGUAAUAUUAGAUAAAAUAUCAAUAAAUUACAAAAUUUAUAAGUACCCUUUUGUUAAUAAUAGACCAACAACAGAUACAAUUCCUCAAAUAUAUGAUAUAAAAAUUCCUAAAAACAUAAAAGAACAUCAUAUUGGUUGUCUUUUGUAUCAAACAAAGUUAUUUCUUUUUAAUGAAUAUGGAUUUACUCAAUGA